GCUUGAAUGCACCGUGGCGAUUUGACAGAUUUUACAAAGAGUACGUGAAAGCAACACGACUCUAGACACCGCACUGUUGAAUUGUAUCGCUCCGCCUCCUUUAAAGCGUUGACUCGUAAGAAAUAGAAAAACUCAGAGACAACAUUUUUCUGUUCAAGCGAUUUUUAUCAAAAGAGGGAAGUUUAAGACGGUGCUCACUCUACUUUCUGUAGUACCAAGGUUUAUUUUGAUAGAAACGUGAGAGUGAAAGUGAGCUCACUCGGUCCUACGACUGUUGUUUCUGUUAACACGUGGAUUCAUUCCCACCCAGGAAACGGCCUUUUUAAUUUAAUUUUAUUUUUUUUUACAAAGCUGCUGAAGUUAACGACAAAACGAGGGGAAAAAAAAUAAGAAGAGAAUAUGGACUACCUGCCAGAAAACAACUCCAGGUACAAAGACGUCGCCUACUGGGAUGAAAGAUACACGAUGGAGCAGUGCUAUGACUGGUUGGGGGGUUUCUCCAAAUUCCAGCACAUUCUGGAAAGAUUUGUAAAGAAAGAGGACUCUAUAUUGAUACUGGGUUGCGGAAACAGCAGUAUGAGUGGUGACAUGUACAGCGCUGGCUAUCAUACUAUUGCCAACAUAGAUUAUUCAUCUGUGUGCAUCAGGACAAUGAGCGCCAGGUACAGCCACUGCUCAGGUAUGACAUGGCAUCAGAUGGACGUGCGUCAGCUCUCCUUCCCGGAUUCCUCCUUUGAUGUCAUACUAGAGAAGGCCACCCUGGAUGCCAUCAUGGUGAAUGAGAAAACGCCUUGGGAGGUUUCAUCUCAAACUGCUUGUUCCAUUCACCAAGCACUCACAGAGAUCAGCCGCUGCCUGAAACCUGGAGGUCGGUUUGUCUCCGUUACCUUCGCCCAGCCUUUUUUCAGGAAACGGCUCUAUGCCCGUACGGAAUAUAAAUGGUCCAUCAAACAUCAAAGUUAUGGAGAAGGCUUUGAAUAUUUUGUGUAUGUCAUGACCAAAGGGGAGAAGCUCAGCCCGGAAGAUGCAGCUCUGGAGAAAAAGCUGCUGCGGGACACAGAAUCUCCACCAACCAGGAUUACUACAAUAACAAAUGAUGAUAAGGAAGACUUCCUGGCUAAUAUUGACCUGUAGGGUGACUCUGAUAUGUAGGAUUGCCUUUAUAAGUAAUCUUUAUAUUGUGAUUUUUUGCAACGGGAAACUGUUAACCAAAUUUCUGGCCUUACUGUUUUUAUGUAUUUAUUAAGAAUUUGUAAGGAGUAACUAUUUUAUACUGUUUGACGUACUAGAUAUUAGUUUUAAAGUCAAAUUUUAUCAAGAUACCGAUAUAUAUUUGGAUAAAUGUUCUGCAAAUGUAAUUAAGAUGUUGUAAAGAUAAGAGAACUGCUGUAUAAAUGGUAAUUGAAAUCCAUAUUUUAUCUAAAAGUUUGAGACAAAAUCCUGCGUCUGACCAGAUGUAUUCACAAUAGUUUAAUAGACAAAUGUGUGCCAUUUGUCGUUUUGAAAACAUGAUUAACAAAUGUUACUCUUAAUAAAUUUCUCAUUUGCAAAGAAAAAAAAUGGCUAACUGAUCUGUUGUCUCAAUUCUUCACGGCUCAGAUUCAACAAGGUACUGGAAACAUUCGUCAAAUCCCAUCUCAGAGUUGCUCUGUUGGAUUGAGAUCUGAUGACUGUGGAGGCCACAGCAGCACCAUCACCACCCUGAACUGUUAACAGAAGGCAGGAUGGAUUCAUGCUUUCAUGAAGUUUACACCAAAUUCUGACCCCACCAUUCAAAUGUCACAGUCGAAAUCGAGGCUCAUCAAACCAGGCAAAGUUUUCCAGUCUCCUGUUUUCUAGUUAUAUUAAGACUUUUUGAACAACUGGCACCCAGUGUGGUCUUCUGAUGCUAUAGCCCAUGUGCUUCAGAGAUGCUCUUCUGCAUACCUUGGUUGUAAUGAGUGCUUCUUUGAGUUGUUGUUCCUGUCAGCUUGAAGCAGUCUGGCUAUUCUUCUCUGACCUCUUGCAUCAACGAGGCAUUUUGACCCACAGAACUGCCGCUUACUGGAAACUUUCUCUUUCCCGGAUCAUCCUCCCCUAUGUGGGAAAAUCCCAGAAGAGUAUUGAGUUGUCUGAUAUUUCAAAAGUGCAUCACAUUCCCCAAAGAGGCAAAAAAAACCUUGGCCUAAUCUCUUUACGAGUUCAAACUUGCCUUCUCGUACAUACAAGAAAAGAGUGGGAAAAUCUUGUGAUUUCCCAGAUUCGGGCAGAUUAAAGCUAGGACACGAAUGAUUUGGAGCUCUCACUUUUGCACCAUUAAGUGUGAUUUCUAUCAAGAGUAAGUUUGCCUUUAUUCCAAAGAUUUGGACAUUAUGAGAGAGAGACAAGACAGUUGGACGCAGAGGAAACGCAAAGACAAUUUUAUUGUCCUUUAGGUGAUAAAAUUUGAUUGAAAAUGUGUUAAAAAUAUUGAAAAUAUGAUCCAGUGAUGACUUAACUGCUGUUCACACAGGUAGACUCACUUAAUGUCUUAGACCAUAUAGAAAGAAAAUAAUAGAAACAAAAGUCUCUCAGUGAACAGCGAUGAUUGAUAACCACCUUCACCUUUUCUCAUAAUUACAACAUCAGGAACUUGUAAUUACGAGAAAAUUGUUAUACUUGUAACAGAGCUGGCUUUCCUGUCAUUAUGAGAUACAGAAGACACACUCGAAUUAUGUAAGAUAAGACUUCCCAUUUGAAUGUGGAGAAUGCGCUUCCACAGGAAACCAAGUAACCGUCCUGCCUCUGAGGCGGACUUUUGUUCAUUUUUAACAUCUUUAUUGCUGCGUCAAUUAGUGUAAUUAUGACAUCAUCAAGAAGGAUUUGUUCAUAGGUUAACUGUGACUCAUGGUGCGACUUCUUUCUGUGUUAAUAUGUUCCGUCUGUGCUGCUACUACACCAGCUUCAGCUCUUCUUCAGUUCGUAAUUGAAACUUUUAUCAUUUAUAAACCAAUUUCACAUCCCAGUGUCAUGCCUGUCUCGACAAUAUAUCAGGAUAGUUCAGCGAUCUCUGCAUUCUGGAGUGCAGUACUAGUCUGCCAAUGUUAUGCAGAUUGCAAGACAAGCUGGCAUGUCUAGACGUAGUGCAUACCAACAGCAGCAACAGCCUGCAUGUAAAGUAACUAUUAGAGUCUAUCAAUAUGUCAGUCACAGUCUCCCCUUUCUGUUGGGGUUGUUUGCAUGAGCCCCGUGUCUGCUUUAGAUUCCAGACAAUCGCUGCUAAUGGAGAUAUGCAUAUUUGACACACCUUUGUGCACAUACAAAUGUACAAACAAGUAAUAGCUUGCCCUGCGUGCUAUUUGUUGAGGAUACAUGAGAUGAAGUGCAGGUCCUAUGAUCUCUACUGCUUAAAUAUAGACAGGAGAGAGAGGGGAGCGAGAGCACCAGGCGUGCAGACAGACAGGAAGGCUGGUGACUGGAGGGGGGACCACAUUAAUAAAGUAGAAAUCAUUUAUUUUUAAUUCUCCACUGAGAUCUAAUUACUGCCUAUUUUUAAAACGUGGAGGAAAAAAGAGGUGUGUGAUUUUUUUUUCUAUGCCUUUGUGUUCAAUCUGGUUUUUUUGUUGUUGAGUAUCACCAGUUUAUUAUUAUUGUUGUUGUUUUUAAUAAACCGUAGCUUUGGUUUCUGAGUUUGAGGUUACAAAACAGCCUCACCUCAAGCUUUGCUUCACAGCUUCUCUGGAGCUUUUCGUCUUGUCAUUCCCGAGGAAAGAGUUCCCCCGCUUGUUGAUGAAUUAACUGAUUCAUGAUUGUUUCAAGUGUUGUUUCCUUGAAUGUAAUCACUCUUUACAAAAUAAAUAACAUAAAAAAUUUGUGCCAUGGUUUUGAUUUUUCCUUUCGAAACUUGUCUUCUUUUUGGUUGUUCUUUUCCCCUCAGGUUUCUUAGAUGGGGUCUCCUGUCAUUGCUGUUUGUGUCUCUGCCUUGUUUUGUUUGUCACUUUCUUUAUGCAUGUUCAGCUCUUUUGCAUUUACUUGUUAACUUCCUUGUUGUCUUCCUUGGCCUCAUUGGUUUCUCCUCUGCCUUGUUUCCCUGGUAUAUUUCCUUUUCCGAGUCUAUCCUGUUUUCCCACUUGUGGGCUAACCUGUACAACACAGCAAGUUCAACAUAUCCAGGAUAUAAAAGAAUUCAUGUUAGCAGCUUAAGACGAGUCAGAAACAUGGACAGGUCUACUGGCAGCAGAGCAGCAAAAUUUGUAAAGGAAGAGCAAACUAUAAGAAAAAUCAGAAGAAUUAAAAAAUAUCAUGCAAGUAUAAAAAAAAACCACUAAAAUAAGGUGUGGGUGAUAGAAAAGCACUACGUGCACUGUGUAAGCUUUAUCGUAAUAUGAAAAAAAGCAAUAGUUGAAUUUUAUUUUAAGCUUUUGUUGCACUGCACAGAAAUAUUGGUUUUUAUUAACUUUUGAACAACAGGGAGAACUGGGAGUUAUUGAUGACUAUAGAGGUCUUAUGCAGGAUUGAUGGUACCCUGUUUGGCAUAGAAAGUAUAAAUGAUGGGGGUAGUAACCAAAGUCCCAUUCAGACCACCAGACUUUUCCUUCAUGGUGUU